AUGGAUAAGGAUAACAAGCACCACGGCACGAGAACAAUAAGGUUGCCCAGUUGGUGGUUUUCAAGGAAGCAUAAGGCAGCAGAUCCAUUUCAAUUUAGUGUGAUAUCAGAUGGUGGCCAAGAAAAGAAUGAUUACAUGGAUGCAAUCGCUGAUGGAUCGUCUGAGAAGGAUCCAUGCAUUUCGACCAAUGAAUUGAGAGUUUAUGUGGGUACCUGGAAUGUAGCGGGAAGGUCCCCAGUGGGAAGUUUGGCUGUAGAUUUGGAUGAAUGGUUGAAUCUCAAAGAUGCAGCAGAUAUAUAUGUUCUUGGAUUUCAAGAAAUUGUACCUUUAAAGGCGAAAACGGUAAUUGGGGCAGAAGAUCCAACAGAGGCUACCAAUUGGAACCUACUAAUUGGAAAAACUCUUAAUAACGGACGUCCUUGGUUAGCGCCUUCGGUGAAUCCAAUUGCUACUGAGGAUAAUCAUAAAGAAGGAAUUUCUGAUUUUGGAAGACGACCUAGUAUGUACAGAUUAUUAGCUAGCAAGAAGAUGGUGGGUGUCUUUAUAAGCGUAUGGAUGAGAAGGGAAUUGCUGGAAAAAUACAACAUAGCAGGAGUGAAAGUUUGUUCAGUGGCUUGUGGUAUCAUGGGUUAUUUAGGGAACAAAGGAUCAGUUUCUGUCAGUAUGUCAAUUGAAGGAACGAGUUUUUGCUUCAUAGCAGCUCAUUUAGCUUCUGGCGAGAAGAACGGCGAUGAAAGGAGAAGGAAUCACCAGGUGUCGGAGAUUUUCAGGCGCACAUAUUUCCCACGCCUCCUUGAAGAUGGCGAGAAUCUUUUUCCGCUUACCAUCUUAGGGCACGAUCAAAUAUUCUGGUUCGGAGAUCUUAACUACAGAUUAUAUUUAGAAGACAACACGGCAAGGCAUUUCAUUAGACAAAAAGAUUGGACAGCAUUGCAAAAGUUUGAUCAGUUGCAGAGGGAACUAGAUGUUGGUGGCGUAUUCCAGGGUUGGAAAGAGGGAAACAUAGAAUUUGCACCAACAUACAAGUAUUCUUCCUCGAACUGCAAUAGAUAUUCAGGUGGAAUUCCAAGUAGAGCAGGAGAGAAGCAAAGAACUCCUGCGUGGUGUGACAGGAUUCUAUGGUAUGGUAAAGGAGUCACGCAACUUUCCUAUUUCCGCAGUGAAAGUAAAUUCUCUGAUCAUCGGCCUGUCUCAGCCCUUUUCUGUACACGAAUUGAAGUAGAGAAAUCUGGUAAUCUAAGGUUCACUUCAGUUCCGACCACCUUCCUCCCAAAAACUCCUAUCAGAACUCAUGGGCAGGAGAGGACUGCCGAUGAGGUCCCAUCCACAUUGCCAUCACUAAUUGUCACAGAUAUGGAAGUUUCACCAACAUAUAUGCAAGCUUGUAUAUCCAGUAGAUGA